UCUUCAACCACUUUCAGCUCGGUCGACAACCAUCAUCAGAAUAAUAUGCGUGCGCGCUUAUCCAGACUAUUUAUUGCGCCUAUUUAUCCGAUAUAAUCUGACACUAAGUCUCGAUGAAAUAUUUCUCUGUGGUCCUAAUCUAUGUGGGAAAAUAAAUAUGGAUAUCACAUCACUUUUUAGAACGGCCGUGAUAGCCGUGUUGCAAUCCUGCAAGCCAUGCAUGUCAGGUCAAGUACGGACUCUCUCCAUGUCGGACUCCCGCAUGACAUGACGCAUUUACUUCUUUAUUUGAUUCCUACAAAUAACGUGCUCACACUUCACCGACUCUUUUUUUGCUCCUAUCCUAUCCUACACUUUCUGAGAUCAACUCUGCCUCAAUCUCUCUUGUCGGAAUACUUUUCUGUGCGGGAUUCCAAUCGGGCUGCUCAUUACUCGUAUCAAUCAGUAUCAAGGGCAUUCUCAGUAUAUAAUGAGGAUCCUCUGUCUUCACGGCUUCGGCACAAGCGGCGCCAUCUUGAAAAGUCAAACAGUUGCCUUCCGGAACAAGCUUGACAGCUCUUACAGCUUCGACUUUGUGGAUGCUCCCUUCCGCUGCGGUGCUGCACCAGGAGUAGAUGCACUAUGGCUCAGCUCGGGAAAUUUCACAUGGUGGCCUCAGGCUACCCCACAAGCCAUCCGUGCCGCUCACCUUUGGCUCGACGAGUACAUGGCUGAUAAUGGUCCAUAUGAUGCCAUCUUGUGCUUCUCUCAAGGCUGCGCCUUAGUCGGAAGCUACUUGCUGUACCACGCCCGCGAGACUCCCGACGCUCCCCUUCCUUUCAAGUCAGUCGUCUUCAUCUGUGGCGGUAUGCCUUUCGCCUCACUGGAAGAUCUGGGUAUCCGCGUCUCACAACGGGCUCAUGAUAUCAAUGAUCGCACUGGCAAGGCCCUCAAGGCCAAGGCGGCAGAACUUCAAAACCUAGCCAAGAAUCCCGACAAGAUUAAGCCUGGGGUUGGUCUCUGGGACAACACAGUGGAUCUAUGUCACGAUCCCAGAAAGAUGCCUAACCCGACAGACGUCUUUGGACUGGACUUUACCACUUUCCCACAGGAUUUGCGCAUCACGAUACCUACUGUCCAUAUUUACGGUGGUAAGGACCCGAAAUGGCCAUCCAGUAUGCAGCUGGCGUACUUUUGUAACAACAGGAAAAUGUACGACCACCAAGGAGGCCAUGAUGUGCCCAGAUCUACCGAAGUUUCUCUACGAAUAGCACAGCUGGUACGAGACGUCAUUGCGCAAACAGUCUAAGACUGAAGAAACCCCGAUCUCGUAUCUCGUAUCUGUUGCUCAACCCCGGAGAUUCUUGAUGGCAUUCUUCUGAAUGUGUCAGACUCUUGGCGUGCUACCUUACCAGGCAACAGAAGACUGAAAAGAGUUCUUUGAUGCAGCAAAUAUCAACCGAAGGAUAAUAAAGGGGGCUUAGACAUCUCAGGACAACAACGUCUAAAUUGGGAUUUAGGGACUGCCAGUUCACAACAAUCCAAUCGCACUAAAUUAGGGUAUUCCAGCACUGGCAAAGGCUGGGAGGUAUGCCUAGGUCUCGAUUCCUCCAAUCUCGUUGAGCUGGACAAGGUUUACGGUUGACGGAUAUGGGGACUCGGAUACUAGUUCCCGCUUGGCGCAAUAGAAUGCGCAAAGGAUGGCGGCUGUGUUUCCCGCUAAUAAUAGGACCAAACGCAACUAGGACUCAAACCACCCCUGACUAAACCCGAGUGGAUGUUCUGACCGUCCGCUUCGAAUAUUGUUCCAAGCCACUAGGGAGUCCGUUGUUUUUCUGCCAUGAGAACCAGUUCAAGCCCCUACAACACACACCCACCCUGUACGAGUUGUUGGGAGAUGAUAGGUGCCGAGAAAGCCAAGGGGCCUAGUGAAUGGGUCAAACUGAUCGCGUGGGAGACAGCUGCUGGAAUCAGUCCACCGACAGCUUGGCUGCCCUACGGAUGGAUCAAGUCUCGAUAUAAAUCAUUCGCUUGGCAUAUUUCUAGGGCAUUUCGAGAUCCUCGGCGCUAACACGAGAUCAGAUGCGUACUAUGUAUGGUGUAGAGUGGCGAUCAUUCAAGCGCGGAAUCCCCUUCAGUAUAUAAGAUGAAGCGAGACACUCUGUGGUUGUUUCGACAUUCUCCUACUGCACCCCAUCGCUCCCUCCCGAAUCUCCUCAAUCAAAGUCACUCAUUUGCGGGACUCGCCGCAUCUGUUCGUUGGAGUCUGUCUCUCGUUUGUUUCUCAAAGUCUUUCUUUAAUAUACAGGUCUCGCCAUUCCCAUAAUUGGCCUCACACUCACUAUUCUUAAUAUAUGAUUUGUCA